ACAAACUAUUGACAUGGUAAUGGGCAUUUGGUGGUCUCAGAUAUUGAUCAACCCUUUUAGUCACAGUUUCACUCUUAUUGGCUUUGGCUAUGCUCUUGUAACAAUUGUUUUCCUCUUGUAACAAUUGUUUUCCUACAGUCUGUAUGGCUAGCACUUCCUUAUCUCCAAGGCUAAGAUGUGCGCAGAGGAGGAGUGAAGCUAGCAAUUCUAAUUUACAUUCCAAAGGUUCAGAGACAGCUCUGGUGUGAAGAAAGGAAGGGAAGAGAGGGCCUGUGGGCCCAACUAUAUUCUAAAGUUUGCAGCGAGUGGGAGUUCGUACCUCGGUGAAGAUGACCGGUGCGCGCUGGUUCCGGAGUCCCGUGGAUUCCUCGGUCGGCCCCUCUGCUCCCAGACUGGGGAAGCUGGUGCUUUGCCCGCUCCCCACUUUCCCGGCCAACGCACCAAAUUGAUACACUGAAAAUCCGGUUCUUUGUCUGGGUGGUAUCUGACGCCAAUAAUUGAUUCCACACAGCGGAAAAGUUUUGAUCGUUUUUACUUCUGCAGAUCAGUAAGACAACGGGGCAAGGCAGCGCCCAAAUCAGUUGUGAAGGGAUACAGAGCUUUAAGGAACUAUUUAUACAUUUCUAAGUUCUUUGUUCUACCCAUCUAUGACAUAGCAAUACAUUGAAAGAGGACACUUUAGCAAUUACAUACGUAGAUCAAUCUCCAGUUGACAUCAAACAACAAACUAUUGACAUGGUAAUUGGCAUUUGGUGGUCUCAGAUGUUGAUCAACCCUUUUAGUCACAGUUUCACUCUUAAUGCCUUUGGCUAUGCUCUUGUAACAAUUGUUUUCCUCUUGUAACAAUUGUUUUCCUACAUCUGUAUGGCUAGCACUUCCUUAUCUCCAAGGCUAGGAUGUGCGCAGAGGAGGAGUGAAGCUAGCAAUUCUAAUUUACAUUCCAAAGGUUCAGAGACAGCUCUGGUGUGAAGAAAGGAAGGGAAGAGAGGGCCUGUGGGCCCAACUAUAUUCUAAAGGGUUGCCUAGCUGGGAAUGCUGCUGCAUGGACUAAAAUCCGGAGCUGCUGCCUGAAGCCCGUUCAAGGAGGAAGUGAAGCUCUCGCGGCGUGGCGUGGGGUGCAACUUCUCAACCCUUGCGGGGUGAGGGCGAACUGCUGAAAAAAAGGUCCACGAGGUGGAAUCUGGCUGUCAGAAACCUUCAGCCUAACAGACUGACUGAAGAUGGGAAAGAAAACUUUUGCUGGCCUCUAUGCAGGAAAUGGCCCUGAUGCCACCCAGGCUGUGAGCAGUGGAGGAUUCUGGGAAAGGACCACACAGAAGAUCUUGAGCGAAGGCAACCUGAGCCCAGAUGUACAAUGCCAGCGCUUCAGGCAGUUCUGCUGCCAGGAUGCCAAGGGGCCCCGAGAGAUUUGCAGCCAGCUGCAUAAUCUUUGCCGUCAGUGGCUGAUGCCAGAAAGACACACGAAAAAUCAGAUCCUGGACCUGGUGGUCCUGGAGCAGUUCCUGUCCACCUUACCCCCGAAGAUGGAGAGCUGGGUCAGGGAAUGUGGAGCAGAGACCAGUUCGCAGGCGGUGGCCCUGGCAGAAGGUUUCCUCCUGAGCCAGGCAGAGGAGAAGAAGCAGCAGGGAAAGCAACAGUUUCCAGGACCGUUGUCUGAAGCAUCUCCUGAUUUCUCUGAGGCAGAGAGGGCUCCAUUGGAUGCCAAGCAGAGGCCGCUAUCCAGGUGGACCUCACAGGAAGUUGGCCGAGCUGCCACCUGGCUGGGUACUAGAAUGACUCAUCCAAUAGAUUCUCGGCCAUCUCUUCCUGCUGGUGGAGUGGAAGAGGCUUCAGUGCCACCAGAUCAAGUAGGGAAGGGAUUACUGGGGGAGGAGGAGGACAGGGAAUGAACAGAUCACCUUUGUCUGCUCCAGGUGCCCCUGGGUGUGAAAUGGUGUGAAACCAUCUCUUUUUCCUUUGGCCUCUGUCAAAACUACCGCUGAGAGGGCUGUGAAGGCUUUAAUCUGCCUAACUGGGCAAGGAAAAACCUUUGAAAUGGUUGGCAUUCAGAUAUUUAACAGGAGGACAGAGAUUGGCUUCUUUGUCCCAGGAUUGAGUGUGUUCCUGUGGCAGCACUUGGUGACUCUAUUGUGUCUUUUCCUCUCGUAACAAUUGGAGCGCCUUCCCCCACCAUUAUUAUUUUUUGCUAUGUAAAUUGUUACCCCUCAUCCAGCCCAUUACUACCUCUAGGAAUUGACAGAGGGAGUGUGACUCUUUUGGCUCUCUUGGAGGCCUUUGAUACUAUCAGUAUCCUUCUGGAAUGUCUGAGGGGGAUGGGAAUGAGAGGCACUGUUUUGCAGUGGUUCCACUCCGGCAGAUUCCAGAUGGUGUCCCUUGGAGACUGUUGUUCUUCCAAACAUGAAGGGCUCCAUACUGUCUCCAAUGCUCUUUAACAUCUACAUGAAACCAUUGGAAGAGGCAAUCAGGAGAUUUGGUGCAGGGUUUUCAAUAUGCUGAUGACACUCAAAUAUAUUUAUCUAUGUCAACUUCAUCAAGCAAAGGGAUAAUCUCCCUAAAGGUGAAUCCAUUAUGAUUCCAUAAUACCCCCCCGAGCUUUUGGAUAGGAUGGUAUAGCAAUGUAAUAAAUAUAUAAUAAUAAUAAAAAAUGCUUGCCUGGAGGCAGCAGUAAUGGGCUGGAUUUGGUCAACAAACUGAGACUGAAUCCAGAUAAGAUGGAGGUUCUUAUUGUGUGGGGUAGGGACUCCAAAUACAGUUUUGAUCUGCCAGUUCUGGAUGGGGUACACACUUCCCCAGAAAGAACAGGUACACAGUCUGGGGAUGCUUUUGCAUCCAAGCCUCCCCCUGGUGUCUCAGGUUGAGACGGUGGCCAGAGGUGUUUUGUAACAGUUUUGGCUGAUAUGCCAGCUGUGUCAGUUUCUUGAGCUAAAUGACUUCAAAAUUAUAGUACAUAUGCUCUAGACUUGACUACUGCAAUGCCCUCUAUAUGGGGCUGCCUUUGCACGUAGUCUGGAAAGUGCGUUUGGUACAGAAGGUGGCAGGUGCUGCGGUCAUCUCGAAGAGAACAUAUUAUUCCUAUAUUAAAAGAGAACAUAUGACUCCCAUAUUAAAAGGAACACUGGUUACUAAUAAGUUUCCAGGCAAAUGGAAGGUGCUGGUUAUAACCUAUAAGGCUCUAAACAGCUUAAGUCCAGGGUAUUUAAGAACGUCACCUUCACAGUGAGCUCUGUCACUCAUUAUGAUCAUGUGUAGAGGUUCGUCAGCAGUUGCCACCAGCUUGUCUGGUGUGGCCUUCUCUGUUGCUGCUUCAAGCCUCUGGAAUGCACUCCUUCCUGCAAAAACCUCCCCUGAUAACUUAAAAAGUCUCUAAAGACACAUUCCCACCCCCCAAGCAUUUUAACUAGACUCCGGUUUUAAAUUUGUGUUAAGGGUUUUAACUCUUUUUAUGUUUGUUUGUUUUUACAUUUUAUAUCCUGCUCUUCCUCCAAGGAGCCCAGAGCAGUGUACUCCAUACUUAGGUUUCUCCUCAGAACAACCUUGUGAAGUAGGUGAGGCUGAGAGAGAAGUGACUGGCCCAGAGUCACCCAGCUAGUUUCAUGGCUGAAUGGGGAUUGGAACUUGGGUCUCCCUGGUCCUAGUCCAGCACUAGUCUAGCCACUGCACCAUGCUGGCUCCUUUUGUUGUUGACCACCUAGAGACGGAAGUUUGGGGCGGGGUACAAAUUGUGAAAAGUAGUAUAUUCUUCUUCACCAUGAGCCCCACCGCCUGUUAAGAUCAUCUGGGGAGGUUCCUCUGCGGUUGCCGCCAACUUGUUUGGUGGCUACUCGGGAACGGGCCUUCUCUGUUGCUGACCCUGGGCUUUGGAAUGCGCUCCCUGUUGAAAUAAGAGCCUCCUCAUCUCUGGCAACAUUUAAAAAGGCACUGAGGACACAUUUAUUCGCCCAGGCUUUUAAUUAGAUUUAUGGUUUUAAAAAUUUAAUGUUGGUUUUAAAGUAUUUUAAUGUUAACAAUUGUAAUGUUUAAAUGAUUUUAAUAGUUUGAUUUUAAUUGUUUUGUUUUUAUUUUGAUGUAAACCACGCUGAGCCAUUUUUGGAAGGGCUGUAUAUAAAUCAAAUAAAUAAAUAAUAAUACAUAUCUAAAUAUAAUUAAUGACCCUGCAGCGGAAUCAUUCCUGCCCUUCUCUUAACAGCUUAUAUUAACUACCCAUUAACUACCCCUUUGGAUUGUGCUGGGAAAGGAAAGGACCCUUG